AACACAGCACAGAAACAGAGCGACACAGAAAGAUAGAGAGAGAGAGAGAGAGCGAAAACCAAAGGCAAAACAAAGGAAAAUUUUGAAUUCAUUUUCAAUUUGUAAAAUUGCUGCUCCAAUUCAAUUCUUGGGAUUUGAUCUCGUGCUCCUUUCAAAUUCUCUCAUUUUCUCCUCUGAGUCCCUUCACUGGGAUCAGAGGUUCAUUUUCUCACGCCAGUUCUUUCUUGAAACCAUUUAUACAAGUCAUUUAUAUAUACGUAGACAUAUAGUUGCUAUAUCUUAGACGCAAGUGAGAAUUGGGUUUUGUCAGAAUUGGAGAUUUUUGCUUUACUGAGAUGGAUAUGCCCUCCCAAGAUAAAGAAAUAAUGGAAGGGUGGUUGUAUCUUAUUCGUUCUAAUCGGAUUGGUUUACAGUACUCCAGGAAACGGUACUUUGUUCUUGAAGAUCAUGUUCUUAAGAGCUUCAAGGCUAUACCUGCUUCUAAAGAUGAGGAUCCUGUUAGAAGUGCAAUUGUAGAUUCCUGCAUUCGGGUCACUGACAAUGGGAGAGAGAGCGUUCAUAGAAAAGUGUUCUUCAUAUUUACACUUUAUAAUAUGUCUAAUCACAAUGAUCAACUUAAGCUGGGAGCAAGCAGUCCUGAAGAAGCAGCAAGGUGGAUUCAUUCCAUUCAAGAAGCAGCUUUAAAGGGUGGUCAGAAUGUUGUUGGUUGUUCAAAGAACAGUUGGCAGUCCUUUAGAUUGAGUGGUUCGAGUCGUGUACAUCACAACAAGCCAAUAGACUGGACUCUUUGUUCAUUCACCCACAGUGAUCCAGUGACUGAUGUUAUUGCACCUUCACCUUGGACAAUCUUCGGGUGUCAGAAUGGUUUACGUCUCUUUAAAGAAGCAAAAGACAGGGAUUCUCAUGGGAUGUGGGAUGAUCAUCCUGCAAUAAUGGCCGUAGGUGUGGUUGAUGGAACUUCAGAAGCCAUUUUUCAAACACUUAUGUCUCUUGGUCCUUCAAGAUCAGAAUGGGACUUCUGUUUCUACAAGGGUAGUGUGGUUGAGCACCUGGAUGGUCACACUGAUAUUGUUCACAAAAUGUUGUAUAAUGAUUGGUUGCCAUGGGGCAUGAAACGAAGAGACUUUUUGUUGCGGCGUUACUGGAGAAGGGAAGAUGAUGGAACAUAUGUUAUUCUCUACCAUUCUGUGUUUCACAAGAAGUGUCCCCGCAAGAAGGGCUAUGUUCGUGCCUGCCUUAAAAGUGGAGGAUAUGUCAUAUCUCCUGUAAACCAAGGGAAGCGAUCUGUAGUAAAGCACAUGCUUGCUAUUGACUGGAAAUUCUGGAAAUUCUAUCUACGAACUUCUUCAGCUCGAUCUAUUACCAUCCAAAUGCUUGGAAGAGUUGCUGCAUUACGAGAGUUGUUCAGAGCAAAACAGGGAAAUUGCCCUUCCUCUGAAUUUUCAUCAGGAGAGUUGGCAAGAAAUAUUAAGCUGCAUCAGAGUGAAGAGGAUGGGAAGGGAGAUGAUGGGAAAACUAAGGAACAUCCAAGUGAAGAAGUAGAUAAGGUUCCUUCGGAGCUUGCCAGCCUAGUUGACCUGGAUGAUGCUUCUGAUGAGUUUUUUGAUGUUCCAGAACCCUUAGAUUAUGAAAAAUCAGAAAAUGAUUGGAGCUAUGAUUUUGGUCAUGAAAUAUACUCUCAGGAUGUACGUCAACCUAAGUUGUCCACUGCUGCUGGUAUUGUGAAGAAAUUACAUGAUCUUACUGUUCAAAAGAGGGGUUAUGUGGACUUGCAAGAGAUGACUAGGGAAGACAGUAUUUUGUGCUGCUAUGGAACUACUCUUCCAAAAGAUCCAACUUGUACUAUGCCUUCCAGUUGGACAGCAGCUGAUCCUUCUAGCUUUUUGAUCCGUGGAGAGAAUUACCUUGAAGACCAGAAGAAGGUUAAGGCAAAAGGCACUUUGAUGCAAAUGGUUGCUGCAGACUGGCUAAGAUCUGACAAGCGAGAAGAUGAUCUAGCAGGCCGUCCAGGGAGCAUUGUUCAAAAAUAUUCUGUACAAGGUGGACCAGAGUUCUUCUUCAUUAUAAACAUACAAUUCAAGUUAUUGAUUAUGAAACAGGUCCCAGGUUCAACUACAUAUAGCCUUGCCCUAUACUAUAUGAUGACUACACCUUUGGAAGACGCACCGUUGCUAGAGAGUUUUGUCAAGGGGGAUGAUACAUAUAGAAAUUCAAGGUUUAAGCUCAUACCUUACAUAUCUAAGGGUUCAUGGAUAGUUAAGCAAAGUGUGGGAAAGACAGCAUGCCUGAUUGGCCAAGCACUGGAAAUUAAUUAUUUUCACGGAAAGAAUUACCUGGAGCUUGGAGUCGAUAUUGGGUCAUCAACCGUUGCGAGGGGUGUAGUUAGUCUUGUUCUUGGUUACCUCAGCAAUUUGGUUAUUGAAAUGGCAUUUUUGAUACAGGCAAAUACAGCAGAGGAGCUUCCAGAGUAUCUUCUUGGAACCUGCCGGCUUAACCAUCUGGAUGCCUCCAAAGCAGUUUUAUUGAAUUCAUGAUUAUAUAUGUGUGAUGUUCACUUAUUCCUUAAGAAGCUCAAGAAGCCUUAUCCUUGGAAACUAACUUCCAAAAUCAUUCUUUUAUUCAAUGAAAUUGAUAUUGGCCUCUACCUGUUAUGCUGUAAAUAGCAUUAUAGCCAAUCUUUGUAAACAGUCAUUCUUCAAUUUAAUUGCUAUUUGUUCAAAA